AUGCAGUGGACAAUCGUCGCUUUGGCUUUGAUCGGCUGUGCCGCCGCCGAACCCCCAGUGGGCUACAGCUACUCUGCUCCAUCCCAUGGCCACGGCAGUUCUGGGUCAGUCCUCAGCGGUGGCGGUCACUACACCUCCGUUCCAGUCGGCCACCAGACCUCAGAAGGCUACCACAUCGACCCACAUCUAUUGGAGAAGAUCCGCCACAUUAUCCUCAAGGACGAGAUCCACAACCAAGCUUACCAAUCCUCGGCUGCUGCCCAUGGCGUGUCAUCACACUACGGCCCACCCGCCCCAGUAUACGGUGUACCCCAUGAUAGGAUAGUUGGUGUUGAACUAGAGUCGCUCCAACAAGGUAUCCAGGUGGCGCAAUACCACCAAGCCGUUGAGGACUACUCUGGCGGUUAUGGUGGUUACUCUGGUGGCUACUCCGGUGGCUACUCAGGUGGUUACUCAAGCGGAUACCCCAGCGGGCACGGAUACUCCGGCAGCAGCGGCCACGGUUACUCCACCAUCAACAUCCCCUCAGGCUCUUACGGAGUACCUUCCCCAUCCUCAUCCUACGGCGUGCCACACUAA